GGGUCUAAUCGACAUAGCGACUGACUGUGAGACUGUCGAGAAAUUCCGAAAUCAGCUGCUACGCUGCUUUAUAAGAAAGUGCUGCUCAAAAUAGUGCAUUGUGCACUGCUCAUGCCAACAUGCUUCUGUGGUGGCCGAGUGGGCCGUGAAAAAUUUAUGCGACGAGUGACUAGGCAACCCCGACUGAAAUGGCCACAAUGGAGGAAGCAAAAAUUCAAAAGCGAAAAUGGCUGAAGGACAGCUUGAACAAAGUGACAACGGAGCCUGUGAUGUUUCUCUACAUGUUCGCGUUCAUGCUCACGUCCGUCGUGGAACAGAGGUUUUACGUGGACCGCGCGUGCCGAGUGGAUCUUGGAUUCUCGGACGAGAUCUGCACAAAUAUUGCCAGCAACUCCUCGGAAAAGGUCAUUGUCCAGAAGUACGUCGCCGUUUUUGUUCAGUACAACACCAUUGCCAUGCACGGCGUUCCUCUCGUCCUGGCACUGUUUCUCGGCGCCUGGAGCGACAAGAACGGGGGUGCAAGGAAAGGACCGCUCCUCGCGGGCCUUCUCGGCAAGACCCUCUACUCUGUAAUGUUCGCCGUAAAUGCGUGGCAAGAUUCGUGGCCCCUGUACUUUUCUUUGUACACGGCGACGCUGCCUCCUGCACUCACUGGCGCCGAUCUGGCCAUCUUCAUGGCGACCUUCAGCUAUGUGGCUGACGUCACUACGCCAGAGGAACGCACCUUGCGAAUUACAUUGCUGCAGGUGUCAUACCUCAUCACCAUUCCCACCGGCGUCGCUUUGGGAAAAAUUCUUUUCAACGCCACUGGCGAGUCCGUGGUGAUUUGUUUCCUGGUGAACGCGGCGCUGCUUGUCCUGGCUCUGAUCUACGCGGCUCUGCGGCUCAACUGGCGGUCGGCCAAGAGGGUCAUGGACACCGCAAAGGUGGUGGAGAAGCGGAAACCCUUCCUCUGCGACUUCUUCGACAGACAACACCUCGCUGACACCAUCAGGACGGUGUUCCGAAAAAGGCCUGGCUCGCGGAGGGCGUAUCUCUGGGGCCUGCUCAUCGCAAUGGGCCUUUACACCUUCCACAGAGAUGAGAGCUCUUUGAUGUAUCUGUACACGCAGCUGACGUUCAAUUUCGACCUGAACUUGUAUAGCAAUUUCAGGACGUACCAGUCAGGAGUCUACGUUUUGGGCAUACUGUGUGUGAUGCCAAUCAUGACCAAGGUCUGCAAGCUGCCCGAUGCAGCGGCUGUGCUAGUCGGCGCAGCAGCACACGCGGCGGCCCGAGUGGUUUUUAUUUUGGCCAAAAUGCCUUACAUGCUCUACGUAGGCGCCACUUUAUCUUCCCUCGGACCUAUCGUUGCACCUGUGAUUAAAUCGAUGGUGACCAAAGUUGUGCCAAUCAGAGACAGAGGGAAAGUGAUGUCAAUUUUGGCCUCCGCCGACAACGCGGUGCCUUUGUUUUCCGGAGUCGUGUACUCGCAGGUGUACAACGCGACCAUAACCACCUUCCCGCAGGCCUUCUUCAUCAUCACCAUUGCCGCGCAGCUCCUGGUCAUGGCGAUUAUGGGAGGCAUCCAGUGCUCGCUGAAGAGCGGCAUUUUGGAUGACGGCGAAACUCCACCAGCUGCCCAAGUGGAUGAGCCGCUGCAUAGGAGCCCAUCGAAAGCGUCCGUCCACUCGAUGACAGAUUAAUGCGUUUCAUUGUUCUCGUGCCAAAACGUCAGAGGGCUGUUAUUUCAAUAACGCACACACACUGCUUCAACCCUAAUCAAUGGAGAGUGGAAGGUGGAAGAAGUGCAAAUUUUGUAAAUAUAUAUGUAUAUUCAUAGAUAUUUCGCUGUAAAGUAAAACCGAUAUUUGAUAUUUUGAUACAUGUACAAUGUUUCGUAUCAAUAAAUUUUGAAUAAAAUUAAUUUGUUUACAAAAAUAA